UGGGCUUAAGCACCGGGUGCUGAGGAUUCUGGGAGCCCACAGUCCUUAUGGUGUCUGUGUGAUCUCCGGGGGCUGCUGAAUCGGACCUCGGCCAACCAUAAAAGAUGACAACAGCAGCUCGACCAACUUUUGAACCUGCUAGAGGUGGGAGAGGAAAAGGAGAAGGUGAUUUGAGCCAACUCUCAAAGCAAUAUUCAAGUAGAGACCUACCUUCUCAUACAAAGAUAAAAUAUAGACAGACCACUCAGGAUGCCCCUGAAGAGGUUCGGAACCGUGACUUCAGAAGAGAGUUAGAGGAGAGAGAGAGAGUUGCUGCAAGAGAAAAAAAUAGAGAUCGUCCAACUCGAGAACACACAACCUCCUCUUCAGUGUCAAAGAAGCCUCGGUUAGACCAGAUUCCUGCUGCCAACCUUGAUGCAGAUGAUCCUCUAACAGACGAGGAAGAUGAAGAUGAAGAUUUUGAAGAGGAGAGUGAUGAUGAUGAUACUGCAGCUCUUCUUGCAGAACUAGAAAAAAUUAAAAAGGAAAGAGCUGAAGAGCAAGCCAGAAAGGAACAAGAGCAAAAAGCUGAAGAAGAAAGGAUUCGUAUGGAAAACAUUCUGAGUGGAAACCCUCUCCUUAAUCUCACUGGCCCAUCCCAGCCGCAGGCCAACUUCAAAGUUAAAAGAAGGUGGGAUGAUGAUGUUGUUUUCAAGAACUGUGCAAAAGGUGUAGAUGAUCAGAAGAAAGACAAAAGAUUUGUCAACGAUACACUGCGAUCUGAAUUUCACAAAAAAUUCAUGGAGAAAUAUAUUAAAUAGUACAGUUUUAUGUGCUUAAUUAAAGACUAUGAAAUGUAAAUGAUUGUUCUCAUUAUAUUUUGUUUAGUUAGGUUUCUUUUCUCUUUCCCUCCAUUUAAAUUGUGAAUAGGCUGCCCUAAUUUUAAGUUCCAAAGUAUCUUUUUCUUGAUUGCUACCUUAUUUGACAAGGACUUGGGAAUUUGUCUAACCCAAUUUCCAAUCUCUGAAUGUUUUCAGUCAUGUUUUUUUAAAUAUGGGAAAGGUAAUCUGCUUGUAAUAAGUGUUUUUAAAAAUCUAAAUAACCAAAUCUGUGUUCCCCCAACUUUUUGUUGAAAUGUAUGCAGCUUGUGAAACAUUGCAUAUUUUAUUUUGUGUAUUAUAUUUCUUUGUGCAUUAAUUUUUUUCUCCUUGUUUCUCUACCAUGGAUUUAAGCUCGGGUAAUUCAUGAUAUCUUCUCUGUGUUUUUUAAAAAUACAAUGAAAGGUUAAAGGGAUUCCAUUGUGUGCCACAUGAUGUAAUGAAGAUGUGUCAUCAACCAGGAAGCACCCCGGUUCUGUCUGAGGGAGCACAGAGUAUCUUUUUUGCAGAGGCUCCUUUCUUCGCCCAAGACAGCUCUCGAAACUUGCCUAGAAAGCAGGUGGCACUCACCUUGUUCUCUGAGACACUCAGCUGUAUGUUUCUCUCUAAGGACAGUUUGCACACUGACACGCAUUAGCUGCAAAGCAUAGGGAAGUUUUACCAUCAAACGACAGUGAAAUAAAACCUUUGGAAGUUGAA